AUGGUGCUCAACGCUGUCGUGAACAAGCCGUACCACAUCAUCGAGCGCCAGAAAAUGGUGCAGCGCUCGCACAAGCCCAUCUAUUACCGGCUGCCGAGGUCGAACAUUUACAUGGCCUCGUACUACUCGCUGUUCACUGUGGGCAUGUGCGGGGUUGUUUACGGUGCCUACUCGUUGAUCAAGGGCAAGAAGACAGAGUAG